AAUCUAGGGUCGGGUUUUAUUUCUUCGAGUAUGUACCAGUAUGGUUUUUUCAGUGCCAAAAUCAAGUUACCAUCUGAUCAUACUGCCGGAAUCGUGGUCGCCUUCUAUACAUCAAACGGCGCCGUUUUCGAGAAGAACCAUGACGAAUUGGACUUUGAGUUCUUAGGGAACGUUGAAGGACAGCCAUGGAGAUUCCAAACAAACUUGUAUGGAAACGGGAGCACAAGCACGGGUAGGGAGGAGAGGUACUUCCUCUGGUUCGACCCGUCGAAGGAAUUUCACAGAUACAGCAUUCUUUGGACAGCCAAGAACAUCAUAUUUUACGUUGAUGACGUUCCGAUUAGGGAGGUGGUUCGUAGCGAAGAAAUGGGCGGCGACUAUCCAUCCAAGCCGAUGUCCUUAUACGCCACCAUAUGGGACGCCUCAAACUGGGCCACGAAUGGCGGCAAGAAUGGCGUGGACUAUAAGUAUGCCCCGUUUACUUCCGAGUUUAAGGACUUUGCGCUAGAGGGCUGCCGUUUCGAACCCAUCAAGGAGUCCCCGGACGCUGUUUGCUCCGAGGAGGCUGGCUUCCUCGGGAGCCGCGACUACGCCGUCAUAACUCCUAAGCGUCGGACUGCCAUGCGGAAAUUCCGCCAGCAAUACAUGUUCUACUCAUACUGCUACGACAAGUUGCGGUACCCUGUGCCACCACCGGAAUGUGUCCUCGUUCCAAUGGAGCAGGAGCGGUUCCAGGAAACGGGAAUGUUGAAAUUUGGCGGGAGUACGAGGAAACAGAUUAGAAACUCAAGGAUCCGCCACAGGAAACGGCCUCGGGUUUCUACUGGUUCCGACCAGGCUUAGAUGCAAAAAAAAAAAAAAAAUUAUUGUGCUUUAGAUUUUCAUUUUUUUUUUAAUAAUAAAGGUAUGUUUGCUUGGAGAAAAAUAGAGACAAAAGGGCAAAGAGAAAAUUUUUUAUUUAAACGAAUUAAGAUUUUGGAUUAAAAUCUUAAUUUGAUUGGAUGAAAAAGAAUUCCUUAUCUCUUUUCUGUUUAUAUUUAUUAAACCAAAACAUAUCUUAUAUGGUGUUUGAUUUGUUCAUAAAAUUUUUUUAAUUAU